AUGCAUUCGCCAUACGCUGCCUCCGUUCGAGCGAGUCCUCGAACGGCCAAACUCGCCCAAGACCCCUCUACUACUCGACCGAAACGACCUCUUUCGGCGUCACAAGUGGCUUCUACUUCAAGCAGUCGAAUGGCACAGACGUCACCGCGUCCGAGUUCAGCUCGCCCUGCUCGUCCAACUAGUGCCAGUAAAGCACGAUACAUGCAAGUCGAGACGAUCGCAUUUCCCAUGCAAAGCUCAACGUCGGAUACUUGCGAAGCGUGUUUGUCGCCUUCAGAGAUGGGAGUACUGCAAGAAGCAGACUCGACGGCCAUGCAGGUGAAACUCCAGGCUCUUCUCGAAAUGUGGGGAGAAGAACAACUCAAUUUUCGUUCUUCAGCGUUGUUUUGUGAGGCUAUGUUCAAGCAAGCCAAAGCCUUGGCCAGCAGAAUGCCACGCCCUAACGCAUUUGUAUCGGCUGUAGCGUUUAGCUGUCUAACUCAAAUUGGGUCUGAUCUUGAAGAAGAUUAUCCUUUUCUUGCGAAAAUUAUUGAAGAGUUAGGGGCAGCAGUGUACUCAAACUUCACGGAUCUCCAGAAGGAGCAAACACAACAUCGUUCUGCUCUCUUGUUUCAGCAUGGGAAGCCUUGGUUUCAGGAGCUGAUGAUCCAGAAAAUGCAGUGUAAAAAUGUUCAAACCUCGGUUGAUGCAAGUAAAAACGAGAUUCAACUGCUUAAAGAAAUGCUUCAAGAAGCUCGAAGUGCCAACUCUAUUGUAGUUGCUGUUCCAAGUCCUUCACGGCGGGAUAAACUCGACGAAUACUACAUCCCUCCCGUGAUUCGGUUAGGAGAUUUGGGUGUGGAAUCAAUGCGUGAAGAAGUGCUGGGAGUUUUUGCCGAAAUUUCGGAUACCGACGCGAGACAACUGCUGUCUUUACUACUGGAAAACGCAGUGGAGCGUGAUAUGCCGAAGCUGUCCGACCUGUUAGCCUCUACUAUUGGAGAUAUGAAGGGACAAGAAAGGAGAAAGUUCUUACGAGAAUGUUUCGACUACGUCACACCGAGUGAACUUCAAGAUACUUUACAUGAACGAGAUGAACUGAAUGACGAUAAACGUUAUCAGAUUUUAGUCGAUGAUCUCCAUGAAUUGUUACAGAUGCAACCACAGGAAGCUGAUCCCGAGACCAAGCUCAAUUGUUCUGCUUCAGUGGCGCUGUUUCACUCUGAAGAGGCAAGAAUUGGAAAAAGGGUACACGAAUUGGUGGAGCUAGUGGAAGACUUCGCUACCGAGGUUUCAUUUUUUGAACCGAAGCAUAAAGCCUUGUUUCCAGACCAAAUAUUAGAGCGACUUCGAAGAUUUGAAUGCCCAGUGAAGCGUUUGAAAAAGGGCCAUGAAAUGAUGCGAAAGAAACCACAGAAUGUCGAGUGUGAAUGCACUUGUGGCCGACAUAAGUUGAUUGAAAAAGAAGCAAUUAAAGAGGAUCAAAUAGUCCCCGCACCUCCUUCUGAACCGGAGCAAAUUGAAGAGGUAAAAACGCCAGUACCGCGUCGUAAAUCGACCUUGAAGCGUCCAUUAUCAGCACCUUCGGGGCGUCGGAAGAAUGCCAUCAACUUCAACACUCGCUUGGACGCGCCGCGUAAAUCGAGCGCCUUUAUUCACGUCUUCCCUCUCGCUGAAGUGUGCCAUCUUUUGUCAGCUAUUCUUCAUUUACAGUUCUCGAGAGACGCAGUGGAACCUUUGAAAGCUCAAAGUGGAGCCGUGUCGCUCAUGUUUGAAGAUCGAUUUGAGUUUUUGAAACAAGAUGCAGGAUCUAGAACAUUCAAGAUGCUCGCGAAGGAUUAUUUGGUGCGCAAAUAUGGCAUCAAAUCGAUCGCUGUCAUGCACACGUUGCAACUCGAGCGUUCUUUACUCCACUAUACUGCCAAGGACAACCACGUUCGCUGUGAACUUUUUAGCUGGUUUUUCGGCGCCGAUAAGUCACGAGUACAGUCGAAAGACUACGCCUUCGUAUUCUUCCAGAAACUUAUCAAGUGUAUCUUGAACCUGUCCGCAGCCAAAAAAGCAGCUCGAUCCAACUCGAUCACGAGUAUCUCGUCCCCAAUAUCGCCACAGUCUCAGCCACUGGCGUACUCUGCGUUGAUCACAAUAUGGACAGAAUGUAUUGGAGAUGGUGAACCUAGCAAUCCUCGAACAAUCCCAACGUCACUAGCUCUUGAAACCUGCAAACAAGCAUUCCCGCCUACCAUGCAGCUAAGUAAGCACUUCACCUUGUUUCGAGAGAAAGUGUAUCGUCACAGUCUAGACGAGAAAACUAUUGAUCUCGAAGAAUUUCUUCAUAUGGCGUUGGCAGCGUGGCAAUUGGUUUUCGAUAUGCAAUUACAAGAAGUGGUGAAGACGAUAGAAUCGGCUGGAGCUCUGGACUCGGAGGGCUUCGCACGAUGUCUUGCUGCCAACGAUCUGGAGUUUACGACCGGCGAAAGAUUCGAGUUGUUCGACUUGAUGACACAGGAGAGCGAUGAAGGGAUCAUACCAAGCAAGAAAAUGGUGCAGCUUGUUAUGGAAGCCAAGUAUCUAAAACCUGCAUCAAGCACGCUAACUGUAGGUUAA